AUGGAGCAGGUUCGGGAGCUGCCGAGCGGCAAAUGCGUCCGCAAGUACUCACCCGAGCACCCGCUCUUCGACACCGGUACGCGUCUGUGGGCAGCUAAGUAUUACCAGGAGCUAGGGUACGUCGGCAUUGCUCCGAUCACGUGUCGAUUGGCCAAAUGCAACGUGAGCUUCCAGUCCACUUCGGCGUACGAGGAGCACUACGACAUGAUGCACCGAAAUAUUUGCCGAGAAUGCUCAAGAUCGUUUUUGAGUUUGCGUCUACUGGACAUUCACAUUAGUGAGACCCAUGACGCUUUCUUCAAGAUUUUGUCCAAGAAGAAGCCGAUGUAUGUUUGUCUAGUGGACGGCUGUCCGGAGACUUUCCAACACGAUGAUAAGCGGACGAAACACUUGAUACGAGUGCAUCAGUAUCCAGGAACCUUUUCAUUCCACCAGCAGCGAAAGCAAAAAGUCAAGUUAAGCAAAGGAAGUGCUGGACUCAAGCAUGAAGAUGGAAACGAGCAGUCUGAAGUUGACGCUGAGACUAUCAAAAAGCGCGAAGCUCGGAAACGCAGACGUCAACAGAAGAAGAAGAAGCUAUUAGAGCAACUUAAGCUUCCAAAUUCCGACAUGCAAAUAACAGACGUCGACAUGGCAGACCUAGAAGAAAGCAUGCGGGAACUGCGCAUCCCCAAGAGUAUUCACUUUGGUCGCAAGCGCAGAAUUUAA